AGAGUACAUGUGACAGGCAAGUUUUAAUUUGGGAAAGGAGAAAAUACGAGUGUAAUAAUGAUAAAAUAUUAUCGUUUUCCUGGCCUAUCAGCAUGUUCACAUCAAGAGAGUUUAUCAAAGUUGCAAAAGGUCUCGGCACGUGUGUCAUGGCUAGCUACAGAGACAUGUUUCUACAUUGAACUCAACCAAGGAUAUCAGUUGUUAAUUCAAGACGAGAAAAAACUCUUGUGGAUUUUAACUCUUCCUUUUGACGAGAAAAACAUAUCGAAGAACUCUUUUCUUGAUGAUAAAUUAGCGCAAGAACCUGGACGUCAAUAUGUUGCUUUGGAAAUUGGACCAAGAUUAAAUUUCUCCACAGCUUGGUCCACCAAUGCAGUGUCAAUUUGUCAUUCUGUUGGUUUGGUUCAAGUCAAACGUAUUGAAGAAUCCUUGAGAUAUUUAGUAGGAAUUGAUGAUGGUGAUGAUACUACUGCACCUAUUGAUUAUAAUGCAGAGCUUAGCGAGUCGCUAGCCAGUGUUUUAUAUGAUAAAAUGACACAGUGUACUUACAAACAGCCUUUAGAAGGUUUUGAUGUUGAUAUUAAACCUGACCAAUGGUUUGAAGUCGAUGUUCUUUCCAAAGGAAGGUCGGCACUUGAAAAAGUCAACAGAGACUUGGGAUUGGCAUUUGAUGACUGGGACUUGGAUUACUACACUAAAUUAUUUUCGGAUUAUCUGAACAGAAACCCAACAAGUGUGGAAUGUUUUGAUUUGGCUCAAUCAAACAGUGAACAUUCAAGACAUUGGUUCUUCAGAGGAAAGAUGGUCAUUGAUGGCGAGGAAAUUCAAGAAUCACUCAUGGAUAUGGUUAAGAAAACUAAUAAACUUUCAAACAACAACAGUGUAAUACGACUGGCUGAUAACAGUAGGUAAGCCUGGUUUCCAUAUGGUCGUAACAGUCUUUCUCAACAGCCAACUCAACAACCGACUCUUUCGUAAGAGUCACAAUCUUUCUCAACAGCCAACAUACAAAAGUUUAGAACUGAAAAUAGGCAGAGUGAUUAUAAAUCGAUAAUACUUGAUUAUAUCUGGUUUACAGGUAGAAACAGUUAUAAUCUGGUCGUUGAGAAAAAUUGUGACUCUAUCUUUAUGACUGUUUAAAGGCGGUUUUCCACUAGGCGAAAUUUUUCGACCGAAUCGAAAUUUUUCUUUGUUUCAUGAACUCUCAAGCAGAACUAAUUGUAAAAAGACAAAGAGAAAUUUCGUUUCGGUCGAAAAAUUCCGCCUCGUGGAAUCAGGCCUUUAUACGACCAUAUGGUCCCAUCUGCAUUCCAUGUAGGCCACGCCUAAGAUCUCCAGCAUGAGUCAUGAUUCACUUCAAGAUUGCUGUUCAAUACCAAAAAUAUGGUCAGAACUUUUCCUGGUGUUAUGGUGUAUAGUUGCCUAGCCACCGGCCUCUAAGUAGUUUAUAUGCCAGCAGUUUCUUGAUCUUUGUGUCAUUAAAUUGUCAGGCUAUCAGUUAUUAUAUAUGUCUAAAAAGUUUAUAUUUUUAAACUAAUGCUAAUUCAGGUGAGAAUUACAAAAUAUAAAUAAAGCCAAGACUAAGGCCCAUCCACACAUACACAUUCUGGGAUUCUGCGGGCAAAAAUAGCAAAUUCUGCAAAAAUUUUUAGGUCAAUUCUGUGGCCAAGAUGGCAAAUUCUGAGGCCAAAAUGAGAAAUUCUGCAGACAAAACAGUGGCGGAAACUUUGCAAAAUAUUGGAAGUGCCAAAGGCACAAGAUUUCUAGGGGGUAUGGAGGAAUGCUCCCUCAGAAAAUUUUUAAAUGGAUCCCUGAAAUGGCAUUUACAGCAUUCUGAGAGCACAUUUUGUAAGAAAUUUCAGGUUUUCAAAAUAUUAAUUUAAUGGUGUAUUUUGUUAUAAAUCAUAUGCUAAGCAUAAAAAAAUGGCAUUUCAGAGAAAAGAUUCUAGAUGAGGCAUAAAAAAAACUUUUCCGGUUUCAUAUCGUGAAAAAAUUAGGGUCGGUAGGUCAGAAAUAAAUUAUUUUUUAAAAUAUUUUUUUCAUGGUUUUGGCGUUUUUUUGCUGGGCGAUUUGCAGUAUAGUCCCGACAUCAAUAUUAACUAGAGAUGCGUAUUUCCUAUGGACGAAUUUAGGCAAUUUGGUUCAAUAAUUAGUGUGACAACAGAUGCCAUUUUGGCACGCUGUAUGAGCAGCCCGAAACCACCUGGAGAAAAUCAGUCAAUUGCGUUGAAAAAGUAAUAGGGUCGGCAGAAAAAUAGGGUCGGUCGGGAACCGGAACCACAGGUAUUUUUUUUUACGCCUGAUUAAUACAUUUGUGAAUGGGAUUGCAAGGUGGUUUUAUUAAAUCUUUCUCGACAAAUCCCGCGCAUCGUCAGCUUCUAGAAGCUGACGACUUUGUGUGUUCAUAUCUUCAGUUCAGUGCAAGCUAUGAAGACAAUAAUACCACCAUUCGCUUCAGUGAAACAAUAUCAACUAAUUCCUCAUGAUAGUUUGUCAUUGCCAACAUUGUAGCAAUUUAUGGCCUUUGAAAGUCAAGGGAGACAUCCUUAUUGGCCAGGUAUAGCGUGUGGCCCGCAUGUUACAUUUUUCAAAAUGAAAGCUAGCAAAAAUUAUUGAGGCAAUCGCCCCCCUGCCACACCCCCCCCCCUAGUUUCCGCCACUGAGACGAAAUUAGAUGUGUCUAGGCAAAAUAUCACUAUCUACCGCUAUAAACAGUAAUUGUAGGGUCAUUUCAAUUUAGAUAGUAAGAAAUAUAUUAGAAAGUCAAAUAAAAGUUCUCAGUCGGUGUCACAAGGAAUCUGACAUAUUUAAUAUACAGUGAGUCCCAGGGGUGGAAAAAGUAUUGGACCACAGGACCAUUGGUGCCAAAGCAUGUUAUUAAAGACAAGCAAGAAACGAGCUUCAAAACAAUAGUUUAGGGAGAAGAAAUCGACUGAAAUCUUGCCGAAUUAUGGUUAUUUCAAUACGUGCUGAUCGCGAUAAUGGACGUCAGAGUUUGUGGUUUUUAAUAUUCUUUCAAAAAUUCAAACGGGUAAAGGACAAGUCAAAAUAAAGUAUGGUUUUAUCUCGUCAACAUAUUUGAAGAGUUCAGGACUUCUAUACCCACUGAAACAAAUUUUGUUUGUCGAGCAGUUUAUCGUAUAUAACUGCAUACUAUUUUGCGCUUCUUGUAUAGUAAAUUAUAGUGAAGCGUCGACGAUUUACAGAUUUUUUCAAGGACAACCGCAAAUAUCAAAUAAGUUUUCACAAAUAUCAAAUAAUUUUUGAUUUGUAAUGUUCCUGAACAUUUGUUUAACUAAGGGUUAAUUUCGCAUUUCAAGAAUGUCCACUCCUUUUAUGGUUUACUUCAACAAUAACAUUUUCGCAGUUUGCAUAAUAAUAUUAUAGGUAAAUUUUAUAAAAGAGAUUAGGCAACAGGAGUAUUGCGAAAUCGCGUGUCGCGUAUUUCUGGCCAUGUUUUGAGCUCCCAGAAAAUAUUUCCCUAAGAACAAAAAAGAUUAUUGCAAAAAUUUAGAUACUGUAAAAGGAGAAAUUCAGUGUGGGGAAAAUUCUAACCAAUAGAAAGAAUGUUACCUGUACUGUAGGUAUGACAUCAUUAACCUGACUUUCAAAAUUUUCUGGGGGAGCAUGGAUCCCCUGAUAUAGUGCUGACUAGUAGUGCCCUUUUUUGGCAUCUGUUAGGAUCAGACCCUUGAUUAGUUUACUUUUAUGUUAUAUUCCUAAAAGUAUUAUUACGAUUCUCAGUGCACUGAGAUAAAAUUUCUCUGUUAAAAUAUUGCAUGACAUUCAGUUUGACAAUUUAUCAGUGUUACACAGUUACAGUCGGUGUCCAAGUGUCUAUUUACUUGAUUAUUAAUUUGCAGAACAUUUCCAAUGUUCUCUUGCGGUUGUAGAAAGUAAAAUAUUUUGAGUCGCAACAUAAAACAAAACAGCAGACCGUACGUCAUCGACGUGAAAACUGUAAUUACUCGUUUGAGUGCCGUCCCCAUCGACGUUGACGUGGAUAAGCGUGCGGCUCUUAAUCGAAGUACUGUGUGACAGUAAGUUCGAGAAGCCGAAAUAGAAACAAUCACUGUGCGUGGGUUUUUGCUAACAUUUUGCCACUGCCAAUGUUUUUAAAUUGUAUUUAUCCACGGUCAUGGAAGACUGAAUUGUCAUCAAAAAUUAUCAAACUUUUUUCAUGAACCAAACUCCAAAGGUACAGAUCGUAAGUGACAUUGUGUGAACCGGAAGUGCAGUUGCAGGAAUAUUACUAGAAGUUCAAAGAUUAAAAUGCUAAUAAAUGUUAGUGGCUAGUGAAAUGGUGAAUAUCAAUGAAAGUUCCACUUUGAAGGAAAUCUCCGUUCGUAACGUAAAUUUUACAAAAACAUUUUGUAUUAGAUCACACAAAUGUAUCUUCUUGUGAAUUUAAGGGGAAAAUAAAAAGAAAUUACUUUACCAAAGUUUAAAUUCCGCGAUUUAAACUGAAUUCCUCCACGGAAUUCCGCGAUAUUUGGGCGGAAUUCCAAAAUGCCUGCACGUAUGUGGAUAUUUUUGAAAACGGAGGUUUUUUCUCCGUUUUGGCCUUGCGUCCACACGUAAACGGCAUUUUCGGCAACCGAAAACAGAGGUUUUCGAAAACACUCCAGAGUGGAUCCUUUUGAAAACGCCGUUUACGUGUGGACGGACGAAAACAGAGGUUUUCGAAAACGACAAUGUUGAUGAUCGUGUCCAGUAUAUAGCGGCACACGUUUUGUAUCUGUUUUCGUGAUGGCUGACCAAAACUGUAUGGUUAUUUUACUUGGGCUGAUUUCAAGUCUAAUAGCAUUCAGCUGCAUGUUACUAUAGGCCGUUGGCCAAAAUUAUUUCGCCUGGGGAAUAGAUUUUCUGUGGUUCAAUGCAUAGUACCAUAGAUGCUCAAUUACCACAAAAAGUUCCCAAGCAAAAAACUUGCCAAACACCGAGAAAAUGGGUGAUCAGUGAUUAUCCUCUAUUACAUUGUAUUACAGCAAGAAAAUGUGAAAUUUUGUAUUCAAUUACAACAAAAAUGAUUUGCAUCAACAGAAAGCUCAGAUGAAACCGCAUAUAAGACUUUUAAACAGUUUUUUGAUGCUUCAAAUAGUCUUUGAGUUAUUGCUGUUUUAAAUGUGAAAAUUGGACCAAAAAUUCGCAAUAAGGACUGGGUACUAGGUCAAAAACGCGUUUUUGACAGCGUAUAACUCGAAAACAAUUUGAGAUAUAAAAAAAACUGCUUAUUUGACUUAUAUGUAGAUUUUUGUAAGCUUUCUGGUGAUGCAAGUCAUUUUUGUUGUAAUUGAAUACAAAAUUUCACAUUUUCUUGCUGUAAUACAAUUUAAUAGAGGAUAAUCACUGAUCACCCAUUUUCUCGGUGUUUGGCAAGUUUUCUCCUUGGGAACUUUUUGUGGUGAUUGAGCAUCUAUGGUACUAUGCAUUGAACUACAGAAAAUCUAUUCUCCAAGGGGUUGCCACGAAAUUGCUUUUCUAAGCACUUUUUCGCACAACGGCCUACUAUGUUAAACCUUCACGGAGACUCUUGCCUUUGCAUUUCUUGAGAUACCUCAGGCUCAGGGUAUCUCUUCUCUCACUCUCGAAGCUUGUACUUGAUGCAGGACUUGAGCUUCUUGAUUCUACUUCUUCUGUAAUGUCGGUAGACUCUAUUCCAGCAUGUAUAGUUGAUGUAGCAGGAGAUCCUCCCCAUAUAGGGAUAUGAUUUUAUCAAAAACUAAGUGCAUAUUCGCUGGACUAGCAGUAAUUAUUGUUAAAAAUUUAUUUUAACAUCAUGGUAAUCUUACAGCAUAGCUGCUAAAAAGGUACAUUUAGAAUUGCUGUAAGCUGAGAGCUGACUAAUCCUUUGCCAUUGGCAUUGGACUAUAUGAUCGCCUUCUUCAGUUCACUUUUUACUGUGCCUGUGGCAAGGUGUUCCAAAGAUCUUACCAAAAUUGGCGAGGUAUUAUACUGUAAAACAUAGCCUGGCCUAGCAAUUAUUCAUAAUUUUAUUCAACCUCUCAUUCAAACAGUGCAAUAAAAGGCUUCAAAGUUCCUGUCAUACUUCCAGUUGAGACGUCUGAAGCAAGUCGCAUUGAAGUUGAAGAAUGCACCAGGCAUAUUAUAUUUACUGCUGAAACUCACAACUUUCCUACAG